AUGGGUGAUAGGAGAAAACUACAUGGAGAAAUCGAACGCUGCUUAAAGAAAGUAACCGAAGGUGUUGAAACAUUCGAAGACAUAUGGCAAAAGGUACACUCGGCACCUAAUCAGAAUCAGAAAGAUAAAUAUGAACAAGAAUUAAAGAAAGAAAUAAAGAAACUACAACGUUUACGUGAUCAAAUCAAAGGAUGGAUGUCAUCGACAGAAAUCAAAGACAAAAAGCAAUUGCAGGAAUCAAGAAAGAAUAUCGAACAACAAAUGGAAAGAUUCAAAGUAGUCGAAAGAGAAACCAAAACCAAAGCAUAUAGUAAAGAAGGGCUAGGAGCCGGACAAAAGCUUGAUCCACGAGAGAAAGAAAAAGAAGAAUGCACACAGUGGAUAACGGAAGCAAUACAAGAAUUGAAUCUUCAAAUUGAUAAAUGCGAAGCCGAUAUUGAAACAUUGUCCGCAUGUUUGAAAAAGAAGAAAUCAGAUAAAGAUAAACAAGAGCGUCUGGAAGAGACCAAACAGUCGCUUGAAAGACAUAAGUUUCAUAUUGAAUCAUUAGAGAAGAUUCUACGUGCCAUCGAUAAUGAAGCCAUUGAUCUAAAACCAAUUCAUAAUUUACGUGCGGAUGUAGAAUACUAUGUUGAAUCAAAUCACGAAAUAGAUUUCAAAGAAAAUGAAUCCAUGUACGAAGAAAUCGAUUUGGACAAUCUAUUGACAAGUAUAGCACCCGUGAUAGCUGUGCCAUCGACGACACAACCUCAUCCGUCGCCGUUAUUAAAUGGUGCGAGUAGCAGUUUGAAUUCGAAUACAACUACAUUACUAGAUUUCGGUGUCGGAUCAUUGAGUUUACAUUCACACUCAUUAACAAACAAUAUAUCUGAACGUACGCCGAUUUCAACUGCAAAUUCAAAUCACGGCGAUAGUGAACCAAUCAUGGGCUUAACAACGCCAUCAUCAACUCAGCCGAGUUCACCGAGUGCCAGUCCUGCUUUGUCGUUAAUUGAAGAUCGAAAACGGAAUAAAUCUGAAUCAGAAGAUAGCCAAUCACAACGAAAUCGAUCAAACUCCGGUGCCAAUGGUUCAUCAACAGCGAGCACUUCUCAUGCAUCAUCACCGAAAAAUCCUACAUUGCAUCAGCAAUCACCUAAUGUUGUGUCAUCCACAAGUAAAACACCACUGUCGUCGGCACCUAUUCUUUCAGCCAGUGCGCCACCACAUUUUACUUAUCCGACGACGACGACGACAACGAGUACAACAACUACUCAGCCUGUUCUACAGUAUUCAACCAUAGUCUCACAGAAAACUUUACCGUCAACGCCAACAACAGCCACUAGUACGUCGACUUCGAAACAACAGAGUAUGUUUUCGCCACAAAGCAAAUCAAUGUCAAGACAAACAUCGGUUAGUAACAAUGAAUCAACAAUAAGUAUAGCAUCAAAUUCAUCAAUACCAUCGUCAACAGUGACAACUAUUAAUUCAGCAUCAAAUAGUUCUCAUCUACCAUUGCUACCGGCAAACAAUGAUCGUACAGGUAUCUUGAAUCAACAAAUUCUCAGUAAUAUCUCGCAAAUCAAUGCACCAGCUGCAUCGUCGUCAACGAUCACAUUAGCCAAUGGGGCAACAAUUCCAUCAUCGCUAUAUUCAGGUCCAGGAUCCAUUCUCCCAUCUUCAAACAUUCCUCAUGAUGUAGCAUCGACGUCAUCUCAUGAUUCAACGCACACUUCAAUACUUUCUCGUACAAUAUCUGAUAACGAUCGUUCAGUCAAUCCACCAACAUCACUAAUGACUAAUGGUUCGUCAGACGGACAUUCAUUGCUUGAUAAUAACAACUUUCCAAAUCUCCCAAAUCUCCCAACAUCGUCAUCCUUUCUAUCGAUUAAUAAUAAUAAUACGCUAGCUGAUCUGUCGUCAUCGAACGCUAGUGUCAUCGGUCAAUUGCCAGAUCAUCAUUCGUUUCGAUACCUAUUAUCGUCAUCAUCGAAUUCACAAUCGAUCCAGAUGAACCGUGUGCCAUUGACAUCAGCAGAAACGCGAAUGCUUAGUCGAUUAAAUUCGGCGUAUGCUAAACUACCGUCAUUACUCGAAUCUGAACGACAAAGAACAAAUGCUAAUCGGAUCUAUGGAAGAAGUCCACUUCCAAGUUCACAAAUUGUUCCCUACUAUCCCCAAACACCACCAGCUGGUAGUGACACGCCGGAAUAUUAUUAUCGUUUAGCGCCUGAUACAUUAUUCUUUGUUUUUUAUUACAUGGAGGGAACUCGAGCACAAUAUUUCGCUGCGAAGGCGUUAAAGCGACAAGCGUGGCGUUUUCAUACUAAACAUAUGAUGUGGUUUCAACGGCAUGAAGAACCAAAGACUAUCACAGAUGACUACGAACAGGGUACAUAUAUAUUUUUCGAUUAUGAACGUUGGCAAACACGGAAACGGGAAAACUUCGUCUUUGAAUAUAAAUUUUUGGAAGAUCGCGAAUUUUGA